CCGAUUAGCAAUCACAGUAGUGAGAAGCUAAUACCGUGUUGAAAUGUUCAGUAGGUGACCUUAUAGGGUGAACUCAUGGUUUGGUGCAGGUGCCUUUUUGGCUUAAAACUCAUUUAGUGGCCUCUUAUGCUCUUCCCAGUGAGAAAACACUACGAGGUAACCUUGCAGAAGGGUGCCCUUUUAAUUUUUUGCCCCUGCCCUUCCAAAUAUCUAUGCACGCCACUGUGAAACAGACCAGAACACCAAAUUGUGACACUGGCUACACUUUUGUGUGUUUCUUUAAUCUCUGUUGACACACCAUGCUCCUUUAGUGUCUUCAUAUAACACAUUUCUAACAUAUAAUCCGAUUACGCGAUGAUGGAAAUAGUUGAAUCUAAUGAUUUGAUGGGAUCACACGCUCAGUCCGUGUCGCGCGCACUCAAACUCGGCUUGACCCACGUGGCUUGAACAUGACGGAUGAGAAGAACGAAGGAAACCGCUUGAUUCGCCACUGUUUUGGCAGCUGCGGAGCUCACAGCAGCGUGGAGCUCUGGGUGGAGUCAAGUAUCAGAGUCACAUUCUGACAACUGGGAAACCUCCCGCGACAGACUAACAGGUGUCCCCCUCCUCCUCCUCCUGCUCCUGCUCCUCUUUCUCCUCAGUCGCAUGACCGGUGGACUACACUCUCCACACUCUUCUCUCUGAACCGCACACGUCUCAUAGAUUCUUUCCUGCUUCAGUCUGACCUUUACAAUCUCGCAGGAAACCACUAAAUACGCACAAAUGAUGCACUCGGCGCAGAAAGACACCACCUACACUAAGAUCUUUGUAGGAGGUCUUCCUUACCACACCACCGACUCCAGUCUCAGGAAGUAUUUCGAAGUGUUUGGAGACAUCGAGGAGGCUGUGGUCAUCACUGACCGGCAGACGGGCAAAUCCAGGGGUUAUGGAUUCGUGACCAUGGCAGACCGGGCCUCUGCUGACCGAGCCUGUAAGGAUCCCAACCCCAUUAUUGAUGGGAGGAAAGCCAAUGUGAACCUGGCCUACCUGGGGGCCAAGCCGAGGGUCAUACAGCCAGGAUUUGCAUUCGGUGUGCCUCAGAUUCACCCAGCAUUCAUCCAGAGACCUUAUGGGAUCCCUGCCCACCUUGUCUACCCUCAGGCCUUUGUCCAGCCCAGUAUGGUGAUCCCUCAUGUUCAACCCUCCGCUGCUUCAGCAACAGCUGCUGCUGCUGCUGCUGCCACUUCCCCAUACCUUGACUAUACAGGAGCAACAUAUGCUCAGUACUCCGCGGCUGCCGCCACUGCAGCUGCUGCUGCAGCUGCUUAUGAACAGUAUCCAUACGCCGCCUCACCUGCGCCUACAAGCUACAUGACGACAGCAGGGUAUGGAUACGCUGUCCAACAGCCGCUGGCCGCUGCUGCCACCCCAGGGGCUGCUGCUGCUGCUGCAGCCUUCAGCCAGUACCAGCCUCAGCAGCUCCAGACAGACCGCAUGCAGUGAAAAGCUACAACAACUACCUUUUAAAGGAGGAAAGCAGGGGCAGCCACCUCCUCCCAUGAGGCGGUCAUAGUUAUAAGGAUGAUUACAGAAGAGGCUGAAUGAUGGUUAUCACAGCAGUCUUUCUACCAAAGAGCCUAAAGAAAAUCACCAGAAAUUUAGAGAAAAAUGGGACAUUGCUGUAUAUUUGUAUUCAGGCAAUACCAGUAUUUUGUCAACGAGUGACUAUAUAUGAAUAUUUAAUAUUUAUUCAGUUGAGUACUAAGUCAGCAAAGUAAUAUUUAAUGUUAACUGGCAUUGACUCACUGGACCUCAUGUUGACAAAUGUCUUGUAAAUAUAUAUAUUUCAGUGGAAUUUGUAUAAAAUUCACAAUAGCAUUAAUGUCUUAUAAUCAGAUUUCUUCCCCACUAUUUUGAAAAUGAAACACUUGCGCACAAAUGAGAACGGUGUGUUACCCCGUCAUGCUGUUUCCAUUCUUUCAUAGUCUUGGACCAGUACUUUGUUUGGUAAAGCUAUGCACACAUUUACAGAGACGUUUUGCUAGGGUUGUUUCUCUUUUUUUAAAUAACUGUGUGGAGUGAGAUAGAUUAGACAUCCUCUGACUAGUUUCUUCUAUGAUGUAUUUCCUUGAUAGUACAUACUGGAGGAUGUAAUGCUGAAGCACUCAAUUUUCUUCCCUUUAAAUUGCACCUCAAGUAAACUCAGCAGAAGGGACAGAAACAUUGUCUAAUGUGAAUCUUUCAUUUUGAAAAAAAAAAAAGAAAUUCAUAAUGUGCCUUUUAAAUUAUGCUAUUUAUGUAUUUAUUAUGGAGCCUUACAGUAAAAAAUAAACCCUUUAUUUGUGUCCAUGUGCUCGUAUGUAGAAGCCUACUGUAGAACAUUUGCUGCUGCAUUUCUCAUGAUCAAUAGCAUGUGUCGUUCAAGGAUGUUUAAGUGUGCUGUACUGUGUAUAAAGAACAAAAUAUGAGUGGAAAGGAAGCAAACAACUCGGAUGCUUUUUGUUUUUUGUAGCAUUAAUGUCAAAAAUAUAUCCUUCCUUCUUUAAUGUCACUUUUUAUACUUGACCAGCCUGAUAAAGGACAAUGUUACAACUGUUUUAACUUUUUAGACUUUUUUUUUUCUUUUUUCUUUCUACAUUUGAUGUCAACUGACAUUGAAUGUCUUCUCAUGCAAGGGCAUCACCCAAUUCUCCUUUCGAUUUAUAAUGCAUGACUCCAAAUAAUGCAAACAUUUAAUUUGUGAAAUAAAAGGAUAAUAAAUCUCAA